UCAAUGACAGUCCACCGUUGGCUAAGGGUCCAAAGAAAGUGUCUAGCCAUGCUGCACGUGGCCCGGGGGGUCUGGGGGUCCAGGGUUCGAGUCUGGCCUGCACUCCUCGGAUCCCCCCGGGUCCUGUCAUCGCUGGCGGCCAAGAUGGGGGAGUAUCGCAAGAUGUGGAACCCCACAGAGCCCCGCAACUGGGCCGAGCAGUACCGCGAGCGCUUCAUCCCGUUCUCCAAAGAGCAGCUGCUCCGCCUCCUGAUACAGGAAUUCCACUCCAGCCCCGCGGAGAAGGCGGCCUUGGAAGAGUUCUCGGCCCACGUGGACUUCUGCACCCUAUUUCACUAUCACCAGAUCCUGAACCGGCUGCAGGACUUGUAUGACCCCAUCAACCCAGACAGGGAGACCCUGGACAAGCCUUCCCUAACGGACCCCCAGCGUCUGUCCAACGAGCAGGAAGUGCUCGGGGCCUUGGAGCCACUGUUGAUGCAGGCCAACUUCUCAGCACUCUCCGAGGAUGCGCUGGCCUACGCGCUGGUGGUCCACCAUCCUCAGGAUGAGGUCCAGGUGAUGAUAAAUCUGGAUCAAUACAUCUACAUGCAGUUCUGGGCCCUGGGCCAGCGUGUCGGACAGUUGCCCCAGAAGUCCAGCGUGGGCUCCAAGCGUGGCUUCUUCACCAAGUCACCCCCUGCAGAGAGGAGAUACUUCAAGCGGGUGGUGCUGGCGGCCAGGACCCGGGGCGGCCACCUGGUGCUGAAGAGCUUCAAGGACACGCCGCUCGAGGGCCUGGAGCAGCUGCUGCCUGAGCUCAAGGUGCGCACGCCCACCCUGCAGCGCGCGCUGCUCAACCUCACGCUGGUCGUCUCGGGCGUGGCGCUCUUCGUCAACGUGGGCAUGGUGGUGGUCACCGACCUCAAGAUGGGCACCUCGCUGCUGCUGCUGCUCUUCGCCAUCUUCAUGGGCCUGCGGGCCUCCAAGAUGUUCGGGCAGCGGCGCAGCGUGCAGGCGCUGGAGCUGGCGCACAUGCUGUACUACCGCAGUACGUCCAACAACUCGGAGCUGCUCAGCGCCCUGUCCCUGCGCGCGCAGGCCGAGCACGCCAAGGAGGCGCUGCUGGCGCGCAGCUUUAUGGCCCGGCGCCCCCAGGGAGCGGACGGCACCCUCCAAGAGACGUCCCAGUGGCUCCAAGCAGAGGUGGAGAGCUGGCUCCUGGCCCAGUCAGGCUGUGACGUGGCCUUCAACGGAGCGCGCGCCCUGGCCCACCUGCAAGCCCUGACCCCCAGCAUUGGGCUCUACCCUCCCCCAGAUUUCCCUAAACUAGAUCCGCUAGUUUCAGUCUCUUCUGAGAACCCUCGGCCCACUUCUCGAAGUGACAGCCCUUAA